AUGACGUUAGAAAGUCAUUUAACUACCAACAGUGAAUAUUGUCAACAAUCAUUAAGAAUAAAAUGUGAACAAAAUUUAAAGUCUUUAGAAUCAAAAUCUUCAACGUAUGCAUUUGAAAAUUCAAUACCAGACAAUUCAUCACAAUCAAAUGAUAAUUCACAAACAUUUGAUAAAGAUAGUUCACCCGAUAUUACAAUUACCAAUCAUCAUUUUGCUAAAUAUAUGACAAAAAGUGAAUUGGUAAAAAAACUUGAAAGAGUUACUGGAGAAUUAGUCCAACCAAUUAUAGUUGGAAGAGAACUUUUUUUUAUUAAUUCAACGGAAGAAACUAAAACAGCAUUUGAAAUUGAACCAUCAGAUGAUCAAACACAAAUUGAUGAGGAAUAA